UUAAUAAAGAGAUGAGACAGCAUGGAAGAUGCAUGCACUCCGUCUCUUCCUAGCAGCUCCCUUCUUCCUCCCGGGGUCGCUCCAAUCAAACCACAGUACAUCCAAAAAAGGCCUCUGGAAGUGACCACGCCCCAGACCGCCCCUGAAGCUCCUCCUACUAAGAAAAGGAGAGGACAGAAUAAGCACAGACCUCCGACUCGACUCGAUUUCUCACAACAACUCUGCCCGUCUUUUCAUGCAAAGGAUUACACAUGUCGGUUUGGAGAUAAAUGUCGUUACUCACACGAUGUGAAAGGUUAUUUAGAGUCCAAGCCGCCCGAUAUAAGUGACAAAUGUUACAUGUACACCACUUAUGGGAUGUGCCUGUCUGGUAUUGCCUGUCGCUUUGGUUCAUCCCAUAUCUCAGUUGAAGGGGAAAACAUCAUCAAUAAGAGUUUGUAUGAUGAGAAGAGAAUAAAGUCUGUAUCCAAUGUAAUAGAGAAAUCACUUCAGAUUGCAUUAAGGAAGAAGAAAGUUUCCUUCCCUCGCUCUGAGGAAUAUUUGAAAUCUUUAGAACCAAAGAAAAACCUUACGGGGCCAUCAUCAGGUGAUGCCAAAAACUCAAUUACUGAAGAGGAGAAACUCAAGGAAGAAGAGACAAGUAGUAUCAAUGAAGAGGGUGUAGUGGGUAAUAAUGGAGGAGGUGAUAGUGAAGGAGAGAGACUAAGAGCUGAGGAAGAGGUAAAAGAGAACUGUCUUGAAGGGGAUAAAGGAGAAGAUGGAAGCAUCAAAGAAGAGAAAGAAACUGAUUCUACUAAGACUGUAACCCCAGUUAGAGAAGGAAUACAACAGUGUGAAGGCACUUUAGAUCAUAAGAUGGCUAGUGAGACUGGAUCAGCUAUAGAAGAUGCAGCAAAGUUACCACAAGGAGCAAUCACUGAUGGCCUCACUAGUACUGGUUCAUCACUCACUGCUCCUUCAGGGAAUGGUGAGGGAAUGAGUGUUGGAACUAGUGGACCGUGUACUGAUGAGGAUAGGAUAUCACUCACACCACGAGAGAAGAAAAAGGUUGACUUCAGUAACAAGCUUUAUUUGGCUCCUCUUACUACCGUUGGUAACCUUCCCUUUAGAAGGAUAUGCAAGAGGUUUGGUGCUGAUAUCACCUGCAGUGAAAUGGCAAUGGCAUUCAACUUACUUCAGGGUCAGCAGAGUGAGUGGGCAUUAGUGAAGAGACAUGAAUCGGAGGACAUUUUUGGCAUCCAGGUUUGUGGUUCUUCGGUUGAUGUAAUGACUCGCUGUGCUGAGCUCAUUAAUAUUCAUUGCUCUGUCGAUUUUAUUGACAUCAACUGCGGCUGCCCCAUUGAUCUAGUUUUUAAAAAGGGUAGUGGGUGUGGUUUAAUGCAAAGGAAAGGACGCUUUGAGCAGAUUGUAAGAGGAAUGUCACAAGUAAUUGAUAUUCCAUUGACAGUUAAGAUGAGAACUGGAGUUUAUAAUAAAUCCUGGAAUGCUCACAAACUCUCUCCAUGCAUCAAGGAAUGGGGAUCAUCACUGCUAACCAUACACGGAAGGUCAAGAGAGCAGAGAUACACCCAUUUAGCCGAUUGGGACUACAUUGAUGAAUGUGCUGAGUUGGCACAUCCCAUGCCUGUAUAUGGUAAUGGGGACGUGUUGUCUUAUGAGGAUUAUCAGUAUGGAGUUGAAGGAAGGAAGAUAUCUGGUGUCAUGAUAGCUAGAGGGGCUUUAAUAAAGCCAUGGAUAUUCACAGAAAUAAAGGAGAAAAGGCAUUGGGACAUCAGUUCCUCUGAAAGAUUGUCUAUACUACAAGACUAUGCACACUAUGGAUUAGAGCACUGGGGAUCAGACACUCAGGGAAUAGAGAGAACAAGAAGGUUUCUAUUGGAGUGGCUCUCCUUUUUACACAGGUAUGUUCCUGUUGGUUUGUUGGAGAGGUUGCCUCAAAAGAUUAAUGAGAGGCCUCCGUAUUAUCAAGGAAGGGACGAGCUUGAGACACUUAUGUCAUCAAGGAAUUGCAAUGACUGGAUAAAAAUUAGUGAAAUGCUUCUGGGACCAGUUCCGUCUAAUUUUAAUUUUCUACCAAAGCACAAAGCCAAUUCUUAUGCUCCUUCAAAUUCUUCUGAAACUUCUACUGAAAAUUAAUUAUUAUUAAUUUUAAUCUUAAACAUGUGGGACCACGUGGUUUCGAGCAUGCGCAGUCACUUACCAAAGCACGUGCUUGUACUUUUUUCUUCACAAUCACUGGGAUUGGUGUGUUUGUUCUGUUUCUUGAAUCAGCUAAGGCCUUUUAUUUGGCGACUUACACUCUCCCUAUCAACCGAAAAGAUGUCUAACUCAGAGCUAGCUUGUGUCUACAGCGCCCUCAUCCUUCAUGAUGCUGGACUUGCCAUCACAGCAGAGAAAAUGACCACUCUCAUUAAAGCAGCUGGUGUGUCCUUUGAACCAAUAUGGCCAAAUCUAUUUGCCCGUGCUUUAGAAGGGAAGGAUAUUGGUGCCCUGAUAUGUAACGUAGGGUCAGGUGCUGCUGCUGGAGCUGUUGCUGGUGCCUCUGGUGGUGGUGGAGGUGGUGACGCAGGAGAGGCUCCAGCCGCUGAGGAGAAGAAGGAAGAAAAGAAACAAGAGAGUGAAAGCGAAUCCGAUGAUGACAUGGGAUUUGGGUUGUUUGAUUAGGAACAAUUAUGUAAUUCAUUCUGAGUAAUUUUUUGGAAAAUCUUUAGUAUCAAAAAUAAA